CCGUACCAACCUAUUCACGCAAAAGCCGUCCCAACAUCUAUGGUGUAGGUCCCUGCAAAACAUGCUUGCCACAAAAAAGGCAACGCUCUGUUAGCCAGGAAAUCAGCACAAUAAUUGGCUUCACGAAACAUAUGCAUAACCUUAACCUCCCAAUCCCGCCUUGAUAAGCCUUUAAUCCUUCCUAUCAGAGUUUUCACAUGCCCAGGAGGUUCCCUCAAACCCAGCGCAAAAUGAACCACACUCUUAUUAUCACAUUCCACAAUGAUCUCUCGAUUACCCUUGUUCCAAGCAAUCACCAGACAUUCCAGCAGAGCCGAAGCCUCAGCCAUCGUAAUAGAGUAAAUGCCUAAAUUCAACAUGAAUCCACACACCCAAAUAACCCAAAUCAUUUCGGAUAAUGCCACCCCUCGAUGUAAGCCCAAAACCUACCUUUCAAAGCAUAAGCCGAAAAAACAUAAGCUUUACUCCAAACAAAGUCCACCAGCUCCUCGCACUUCCCCUUUGAUCCCAAAAAAUAACUUUAUUCCUCUUUCCCUACAAAGCCCAACAACUCUCUCCAAAAACCAGAGCCCAAUCCAAUCCAAUCCACACCUAGGCUUCCAAAUUAUUCACUGUUAACAUAUAAAAUUGUAAAAUUAAGAAAACUCAAAAUUAAUUAUAUUUAAUUUGAUUGACCAAUGAUGUUUGUUUGAUAUUGAAAUUGAAAAUAAAAAAAAGUUGUUUUUUGUUUUGCUUUUUUCUAAAAAAUUAUUUUAAAUAUAAAAAAUUUAAUUUAUUUAUUUUAGAGUUUGAAAAAGUGAUUUUCUUGAGAUCUCCAUUCUUUUCACUGGCUAGUCCAAUACAACAACGGAGUGAUACACCAACUUCCUCUGCCUGCUCAAUACCUUUCCAAGAAACUUCUUUCAAGAUUAAGGUUAAGAGUUCAUCUUCUGAACUCCUCGCACAGAUUUUGAUCUCAAGGAAGAGUUCCACCUGCCUGAUCUGCAUUCAUAUUUCUCGUCUUACACACUGAUCGUCUCUUUGUCCAUUAAUUUCUUUGGUACUUUUCAAAAUGGCUUCUACUUCAUCUUCCAUCAUCCCCUCUAAAAUCACCUAUGAUGUUUUCCUUAGUUUUAGAGGCAGUGACACUCGCUCAAAUUUUACCAGUCAUAUUUAUGCUGCGUUGUGUCGGAAACAUAUCACAACAUUCAUUGAUGGUAAUAGUCUUGAUAGAGGAGAAGAAAUCAAAGAAACCCUUCUCAAAGCGAUUGAAGAAUCCAAGAUUUAUGUAAUAAUUUUCUCGGAAAAUUAUGCUUCCUCUCACUGGUGCCUGGACGAACUCGUCAAGAUAAUGGAAUGCAUGAAAACAAUGGGGCGAAAGGUUUUGCCCGUUUUCUACCAUGUAGAUCCUUCUGACGUUAGAACGCAAACUGGAAAACUUGGAGAAGCAUUUGGGAAAGUUAAACAGCAAUUCAAGGAGAGCAUAGACAGGGUGGAGAGGUGGAGCACUGCUCUGACUGAAGCAGCCAAUCUAUCUGGAUGGGAUUCAAGCAAUUAUAGGCUUGAAUCAGAAUUAAGUGAAAGAAUUGUCAACCAAAUUGCAAAGAAAUUGUGUCCUAUCUUCUUUAGCACUUCCACUGAUUUGGUAGGGAUUGAUUCACACAUUGAGCAAAUUCUGUCAUUGUUAAGCAUUGGGACGGUUGAUGUUCGUUUUGUUGGAAUUUGGGGAAUGGGCGGUAUAGGCAAGACAACCAUUGCUGAAGCUCUUAUUUGUCAAAUAUUUGAUCAAUUUGAUGAUUUUUGCUUUUUAAGAAAUAUUAGGGAGAAAUCAAAAAAGCACGAAUUGGUUCAUUUAAGAAAAUGUCUUUUUUCUGAACUUUUACAAGAUGAAAAUCUAAGCAUAGAAAUGCUCCAUGUAAUUCCCACUUUUGCUAUGGAGAGGCUCAUAAGAAAGAGGGUUGUUGUUGUUCUUGAUGAUGUCAAUGAUUCAGAUCAAUUAACUGCUUUAGUUGGAAAUCAUGGAUGGUUUGGCCCAGGAAGUAGAAUCAUUAUAACUAGUAGAGAUAAAGAAGUGCUUAAUGGUAAGGUUGAUGAAAUAUACAAGGUUGAGGGACUAAGGCAUAGUGAAGCUUGUCAACUAUUUAGUUUGAAAGCCUUCAAACAAAAGUAUCCUCCGAAGGAUUUUAUGGAGUUGUCAGAAAGGGUGGUAGAUUAUACCAAAGGUCUUCCAUUGGCUCUUCAUGUGUUGGGUUCCCAUCUAUGUGGAAGGUUUCCAGCAGAAUGGAAAAGUGCAUUGAGCAAAUUAAAUCAAUUUCCUGACUCCAAUAUUCAAAAAAUCUUAAAAAUCAGUUAUGAUGAGCUAGAUCCAGUGGAAAAGGAUAUAUUUCUCGACAUUGCAUGUUUCUUCAAGGGAAAUGAAAGAAAUUGGGUAGAAGACAUACUAAAUGGCUCUGGUUUUCCUGCUGGCUGGGGAAUACUUCGACUACUGGAUAAAUGCCUCAUAACUGUUGUGGAUGACAUAUUAGAGAUGCAUGAUUUGAUACAGGAAAUGGGUCAAAACAUUGCUCGGCGUAAAAUGGCAAGACAUGAAGGAAUGAAAAAAGUUGAAGGCAUUUUCUCGGACAUGUCUGAAUUAGGAAAGAUACACUUGGGUCAUGGAGCCUUUCCACAGAUGCAUAACUUAAGAUUGCUCAAAUGUUAUAGGCCUCAGAAUUGGUCAGAAAACAAAAUUAUAGGCUCUACAUCUGAAUCUAGUGAACCAAGUCAUCUUCUGCAUCUCUCCAAUAAGUUGAGUUUACUUCAUUGGGAUGAAUACCCUUACAAAUCUUUACCAUCUAAUUUUUUAAUGGAGAACCUUGUUGAAAUCAACAUGCAAGGCAGCAAAGUUGAACAACUUUGGAAUGGACGUAAGUGUCCUCAACAAUUAAAACGGCUCAAUCUUUCUGAAUCCGUGCACCUGAGGAGGCUCCCAAAUCUCUCUUCAGCAACUGAGCUGGAGUGGAUAAGUCUGCAGGGAUGUGAGAGUUUGCUAGAGAUUCCUAUGUCGAUUCAAUGCCUGCAAAAACUUGUUUGUCUUGAUCUACAAGGGUGCAAGAAGCUGAGGAGUCUUCCAAACCUUGUCCAGUUGAAAUCUCUUAAAGAGCUUUCACUCUUUUGCUCAAAUUUGAAGAUGCUUCCUGAGAUUCCAAUUGGCAUAGAAGAGUUGGAACUAGAGGAUUGUGGAUUGGAAGGGCUGCCCUGAUCCGUUCCAUUUCUGGAAGAUAUUUAUAUUUUAAAGUUGAGGAAUUGCGAAAACCUUUUAAGUCUUCCUAGAAGUUUUCAUUUGAAAAAUGUUGAUGCACUUGAUCUCAGUGGUUGCUCGAAUCUCACCAAGUUACCAGAGAUUAUAGGAGAUUUAAAAGUACUACUGCUAAACAAGACUGCAAUAGAAGAAUUGCCCUCAUCAAUAAGAUCAUUUUCUUCUCUUGUUGUGUUGAAUAUGAAGGGAUGUGAAAGUCUCAAGAACCUUCCUAGCUGCAUUUGUGACAUGAAAUUCCUUCAAAUGCUUAUUCUUAGUGGGUGCUCAAAACUUGGGAAGUUGCCUCCUUUAUAUGGUUUGUGCUCUUUAAGAGAGCUAUAUGUUGAUGGCACUGCACUUGUAGAAAUCCCCAUUGACAUUUACGCUGCAGAAUGCCUUCACAGACUUGUUCUUAGUGGGUGCUCAAAACUUGCAAAAUUGCGGCCUCUACAUGAUUUUUCCCAUUUAAUGUUGUCAUAUCUUGAUGGCACUGUACUUGUAGAAAUCCUCAUUAAGAGAUUGAAUGGUAGAAGAUCGACUAUUGUAAUGUACCACAAGAGACUCCAUGCAUUGCCGUUAAAUUGUACACUAAUGGACAUUGCAGGAUCAUACAUUGUCCCCAUUGCAGAAUGUGAAGAACUCAGCGGGUCAUAUAAUGUGUACAACUAUUGUAAUAGCGUAAAUUGGGAUCAGAAUGCACGUGGUGACAUUAUGGUAGAUGCACUACUGAGAAUGAAAGAAAUAAGCAUUACGAGCGAUACAGAUGCUCAUGUAAUUGUUGGUCUACCCGGAAGUGAAAUUCCAGAGUGCUUCAACUAUCAAAGCCCAGGAUCUUCAAUGAAUGUUCUGUUCCCUCAAUGUUGCUUUAAUUCUUUGUUCUUGGGUUUUGCUUUUUGUGUUGUUCUAGAUUUUGAGGUUCCUGUUGUUCCCAAGGAAGGUGAUUGUUUCUACUUUGCAUGUGAAUGCCGUUUCAAAAUUCCUACGAGAGAAACAUAUGACAAUGAAAGGUCUGGCAGGUUUUUGUCUUCACUCAACCUUUUUUUUGAGGUGGUCUUUGAAUCAGACCAUCUGUUUCUUUUCUACUACAAGCCACGUUAUCUUUGUAAUCUAAAUCAUUUCCUCAUACAAAGUUGUUGCAAUGUCAUGGAAGCGUCAUUUGUGUUCAAAUCAGAAUUCAAAUAUUCUCAGUUGAAGGUGAAAAUGUGUGGGAUCCAACUAUUGUAUUCCAAAGAUGUGCUGCACAAAUGCAAUGCAAGCAUAAAACAAAGCAAGUUCUCAUCACGAUAUGGAGCAACCAGGCCCGAGUUCCUACAAGUGAUGGAAACCGACACCAACAAGAAGAGAAGCAGGGAAAACUCCUUCCCCUUGGAUUGCAUUACCAUCAUUGCAGAUGGCAAAUCUGAUUAUGAGGAAGAAGAACAACCACACCCUAAAAGAGUAAAGUGAACACUAGCACCAAAGUGAUUGUGGUGCUUUCAAUGGCAUUAGCCACACGUUGCCUCAAGUAUAGAUAAGAUGCGAAACUAGCUUUAUAAAUUGUAAGGCUAUGUUUGGAUGUGAGUCAUGUUGACAUUUUUCCGAAGUACAUAAUUCAACAUUUUGUGAUUUGAACCUA